GCCUCGUUCUUCCAAACAAUAACCUUCCUCUUGAAAUGCCCCGGUAUGGACCUCUGGCCUUCCUGAAAUAUGGAUCCACUAUCUGUGGUUUCACUCGUCGGUACAAUUGUUCAAUUUGUCGAUUUCGGGGGCAAGAUCUUGUCCAAUGCGGUUGAGCUGUAUAGAUCUCCAAUUGGCACGUUGACCGCCCACCACGAGCUUGAGCUUGUGACGACCGACCUGCGGGCUCUGAUCUCCAAGCUACAACAAUCAUUGUACUCCAGGGAUGGACCUCCGAACCAAGACACUGCAUCUCUACGGCAAUCUUUUGAGGCGUUGUGCGACGAGGCUGUGAAAGUCGCAGAAGAGCUUCUCAACCGAUUGGAGAAAUUGAAGGUGAAAGAUGGCAAGCCUCGGAAAUGGGAGAGCAUUCAACACGCCAUCGCUGCGGCAUGGUCUAAAAAGGAAAUGGUCGAUCUCAAGAACCAACUUCUCGGACUCAAGGAAGCUCUCGAAACAAGAGUACUCUUUUCAAUCAGGGAAACUCUCGAUACCCAUUCCAUGCGGGCAUCCACUCGAUUUGACAAUCUCGAUCGACACACGCAAGCGAUUCUCCAACUCAUGCUUCGCAGUCCUGCCGACAUAACAGCUGAAGUCUCAGAAGAAGUUCGUAGCCAAAUAAUAGCUCAGACCACAACAGUGGGCCAGAUUCUCAGUCGCGUCGAGUCUUCGGUUGAGGACAGCCACCGUCAAACUCGGCAAACAGUUCUUGAAUGCAUAAAGGAGGAAAUACAAAAAUCGGGUGAAAAGAGUCGGUGGAAGAAAAAUGGACGGGAGCCGGAAGACAUCGAUGUAGCUCAAUGUAGCUGCGCGCAACGCUCGAGACACGAAGUGCGCCGGGAACUAUUGUCUUCGGAACCCUGUGAAAUUACCGCCGGUAUUGAAAUGUUGAAUGUUUCAAAGCCUGCCGAGUUCAAGCUGCGGAGGGAUGUAUUUUUCGAGAUUUGCCAAAGCCUUCGAUACUCAGCCAUGACGCACAGGUAUGAAGAUGUGCUUGAGGCGUAUCCUGAGACCUUUGAAUGGGCUUUCCAUGAUCCCUCAGAAGAGCAACUUCCAUGGGACAAUCUUACUCAUUGGCUGGAACAAAGCCACGGCAUCUACUGGGUCAACGGAAAAGCGGGCUCUGGCAAGUCGACUUUCAUGAAGCACUUCGGGAGUCGAGAACAGAAGUCCCAAAUUGGCUUGCUUCGCUCGCUGCUCUUCCAAUUAUUCUCUCAGCGCCCCAAUCUCAUCCCGAUAGUUCUUCCCGAACUUUGGGCCAAGACAUAUUCCAAUGCGGUCAACGAAAUGUACCCAGGAGAAGAUUUUGCUCGAUUCUGGUCCCUCCAACAACUCAUGGUGACGUUGAGGACAUUGAUCCACCAAGAGGGAAUUCCUCUAAAGUUUUUUUUUAUGAUUGACGGACUUGACGAGUUUGAUGGUGAUCACGAAGAGCUGGCAAAUUUGUUUAGAGAGAUCACAAAAGCCCCACAUAUAAAGAUGUGUCUAUCAAGCCGGCCUUGGGUAGUCUUCGAGGGCUUUUUCGGACAAUGCCCAAACCUGCGGCUGCAGAACCUGACUUUUAAAGAUAUUGAGCGGUAUGUCAUGGGCAAGUUAAGCCACAAUGAUGCAUUUCUGAAACUUUCAACUGAAGAGCCAGAAGCUGCACCUGCGCUUACUCAAGAAAUUGUAGAGAAAGCAGAUGGUGUAUUUCUGUGGGUCAACAUCGUUGUACGGUCUCUCCUGGGUGGUAUUAGGAACAGGGACGAAUUGUCAGACCUUUGGGCCCGAUUGCGGUCCAUGCCCAGAGAGCUUGAGCCUCUAUACAGUCACCUGCUGGGGCUCAUUGAACCAUUAUACUUGCCAUGGGUCUCAAAGACUUUACAGAUCCUUCAGAACAAUCACAAUCUAGGUCAUCAGCCAUUCGGGAAGUCGUCCUGGGCGAGGCAAGGUGUCGUCCCUCUAACUCUUCGGGCUUUCUUUCUAGCAAUCAAAGAGGAUUUAGACGCGAUUACUAUGCAACAAUGCACUUGGAAAUGGCUCAAUUCUAGGUGCGAAGACAUAAGGAUCCGGCUGACUGCACGAUGUGCUGGUCUCCUGGAAGUGUCGAACAUCAUGCCUAGCACAGAAGAAAUUUCCAAGGGGCCCGAGCCCAACAUUCUUUACUUCCACAGAACAGCGAGGGACUUUCUCGAAAUGGACACGCAGUGGCGUGAGAUCUUGAUGCAGACAGCCGAUACCGAUUUCAACCCGAAUGUUUCCAUGAUGAAAUCUUGUCUUCUCUCCCUCGAGUACGCCAUCGCCCACGAUUACCGGUCUCACGGGACUCAGGCUAUCAUGCUGGAUUGGGUGGCCGGUAUAAUGAAUAUUGGAGGCUGCAGUUGGGGGAGAGCCGACUUCCUGCCCGACCUCGAGGGACCUCCUGAUUUCUUAAAACUCGCCACAAUAUAUGGCCUGCGCGGAUACAUCAGCAUAAAACUCGACCGGUCUGGCCAAUCACGAGACAAAGCGCGCGCAACAAUAUUACUUCACUAUCUCCUACCAGGUGAUACCUCCCACGCAAUUCUUGCAAUACCACCUCCGAGAAUCGAUAUGGUAUCUCUCCUGCUCGACUUUGGUGCAGAUCCAAAUGGACAUGGAGAUUAUGGCCUCGGAAGCCCUUGGGAGAAUACGCUCACGUUUCUUCACAAAGUAGCGAGCUGCGAUUUUGAGUCUUAUCAACUGAUGUACGCGGCAACCGUGGAGAAGCUGAUCUUAGCCGGGGCAGAUCCAGAGACAAUGAUCGUUGACCGGUAUUAUGGCCAAAGCCAUAGUGCAGUGAACAUCAUCAAGACGUGUCUGCUCCCGAAAUACCGUUUGGAAUCAGCUUCACUCUUACAGGCGCUCCAACGCACCAUGCAGAAAUCAAAUCCCAACGGAAAAAGGCAAAGAGAUGAAGCAGAAAUGGAUCAUGCAGAUAGUCUAGCGAAAAGGGUUCAGGUACACUCCACAGCAAGUUGAGGUGGGAAAUCUCACAGGAAAUGUAAAGAUGGUGCUCUAUACGACAUAAAGUCCGAGAGAAACUAUUCCCCGUUAAUCCGAGGGGAUGCUUCUUUAGUCUUCGAGACGUCUACGUCUAUAUACAAAAUUUGCUCCUCCCGACACUGCCCCUACUUCGGCCGCCGAAGCGGAUGAGCUUCCGUAUUUCUGUUUCUUGUCAGCAAAACAUCAUCUUACCAAAGGUACUCGAGGAACUCACAAUACAUAUUCAUCCAAAUUCACCACACUCGUCUCACUAAAUAACAAAUAGAAGUACUUCAAUGUCUCCGCCAACCAGAACGAC